AUGGAGGUCGACUCGCCCCCCGUGGUGCGCGUGGCGCCCGAGGUGAAAUCGGUGGACGCGCCGGACCUGUGCGCGCUCGCGUCGCGGUUCGAGUGGCCGGACGCGCUCGAGAGCGAGGUCGCCGCGCUCGCCGCCGAGGCGCCGCUGUGCGCGGCCGCGGCGGCCCCGCUGGUGGAGGCCGGCGCGCUGGUGAUUGACGACCUGCUGGACCUCGACCUGUCCAACCUGGAGGCGGCCGCGCGCACGACGCGCGACGACGCCGCGUGCCCGCGCGACGGCGAAACGAGGCUCGUGCGCGGCGCCGUGCUCGCGGCUGCGUCGCUGCUGCGCGACCCCAACGUGGCGGAGUCGCAGCGGCGGGCGGCGUGCUCGUCGCCGUCGGCGCUCGCGUGGCUGCUGGACCUCCCAGUGCCCACACGGUGCGCGCUCGGCGCGUACCUGGACGGCGAGGACGGCGCGGAGCGCGAGGAGCGGCGGCGCUCGCGGCGCAAGGCGGGCGCCGCGUCGCUCAUAGACCUCCUGCGCGUGCCGCUGUGUCUGCUGGCGCGCGCACGGACCGCCGAGGACGUCGCGGGCAUCGUGCGGUGGUUCCCGCGGCUGCACGACCCGGCCGGGACGGUGGUUGCGCGGUGGGCGGCGGCGGCCGGGGACGCCGCGCCCGUGCGCGCGGUGCUCGCGAUCCCGCCCGCAAAGCUCGUCGGGCAGGUCGACAUGUGGGCGCUGCUCGAGGAGCACUGCCCCGAGCACGUCCCCGCGCCGCGCGACGGCCCUAGCGGCGCGCUGGAGCUGCCCGCCAGCUGGGCCCCCGCGCGGCGGCGCGCCGUGCCCGGAUCGCCCGCGGCGCCGUCCUCUGUCGCCGCGCAGGGCAUCGGCGGGAUGCACAUCGGCGGCAGCGGCGGGGCCAGCCCGCGCGGGCCCGGCCGCCGGCGCACCAACGCCGGGCGCGGGCUCAAGGCGGCGAUCGAGGCGACGCGCAGCGGCGGCAUGCCCCCGCGCGGCGCACCCACGUCGACCUCCGUCGCGACCGCGUCGAUGCCGGCGUCCCCGCUGCGCCACCCCGCGCCCGCCGCCGCCGCCAAGGACAGCUUGUGCCGCCACUCGAUGUCCUCGAUGCCGUCGCCCGGGAAGCGGCACGCGACGGACGGCGGGAAGGACCUCCCGCGGCGGUCGGUCUCGCGGAUGGACCCCGGCGGGCUGCUCGCGCUGCUGGAGGCGGCGGAGAUUGCCGAGCCCGGGGAGGCGGCGAGCGCGGAGGGAGAGGCGGGGCACGGGACGCGGAGCCGCGCGCGCGCCGAGGCCGGGGCGGCGGAGGGUGGGCAGCGGCGGCGCCGGCGGGGCCGCGGGGACUUGUCGGGGCCGUGCUGCCACUGCGGGUGCCCGAGCAGCCCGCAGUGGCGCAAGGGGCCGCCGUGCAAGCCGGCGCUGUGCAACGCGUGCGGGACGCGGUACCUGCGGAGCCGGCACCUCGCGCACCGCGCCGCGAUCGCCGCGGGCGCGUCCGCGGGCCCGAUCUGCGAGACGUGCAUGUGCGUGGGGUGUCCGUCGCUGAGCAAGGGCGCGGGGGCGAAGGGCGAGGCGAAGCCCGCGCCGCAGACCGUGUCGCCGGCGACCGCCGCGGCGGCGCUGCUGUCGUGCGCGUCGACGCGGCCGCCGUCCGGCACGGUGUCGCACAGCCCGAGCUGCGGGCCCGCGACCUCGCACAGCGGACAGGAGGACGGGAGCGGGCCGGAGUCGCACGCGCCCGCGCUGUUCGGCGCCGCGCCGAGCAUGUGGGUGAAGGCGGAGUCGUCGGAGCAGGCCCCGCAGCCCCCCCCGGCGUCGCUGCUUGCGUCGUCGCCGCCCCUCUUCCUCGCAGCGCCGCCGCCGCAGCCGCCGCUGAGCUCGCCGUUCGAGCUGUCGUUCAGCUCGAUCGCGCUGCCGCCCGGGCCGUUCACGGGGUCGCAGAUGGCGGCCUACCACGAGCAAAUCGCCCGCUCGCAGCAGCUCUUCCAGUCGCUGGCGUGCAUUGCGCUGGAACGGGAGCUGCACGCGUGA